CAGUAAGUGUGUAUUUACUCUAAGGCUUCCCAGCUUUUUGCAUAGGGGGUAUAUCUAGUUUUACCCAGUCCUGUCGGUUUCGGUGCUCGUCCCGUCUUGCUCGAGAGUUGCCGGUAUCCGGCAAACAUGGAAUUUUUUUUUUCUAUAAACGUCGAAGGAGGAGGGCCGGAGGCAGGGCCAGCGGAAUGCUACGUGUCUUGAAAGUCCCUUUUUAAGCCCCCUCCGUUGCCUCCUUCGAUUACUACAACCAAAAGUUUCUUGGUUAUAAGUCGAUCCAGCAUCCCAGCCUGCGUGUGUGCAGCAGUCCGAGUCCGGCGUCCAGGAGACCUUCGGCGGCGUUACACUAAAGCGAAAUGUCCGGAGUGGAAAAGCUUCGCACAAAUUUCAACAAGUCGACCAAUGUGGUGUACCAGGCCCACCAUGUCAGCCGGAGCAAGAGAGGGCAGGUUGUGGGCACCAGGGGGGGGUUCAGGGGCUGCACCAUAUGGCUCACUGGUUUGUCUGGUGCUGGAAAGACUACCAUCAGUUUUGCCCUGGAGGAUUAUCUCGUCUCCCAUGGUAUCCCCUGCUACUCAUUGGAUGGGGACAACAUUCGCCAUGGCCUGAACAAGAAUCUGGGCUUCUCUGCCGAAGACCGCGAGGAGAACAUCCGGCGUGUCGCUGAGGUGGCCAAACUGUUUGCCGAUGCUGGCCUUGUUUGAGUCACCAGCUUCAUCUCUCCUUUUGCCAAGGAUCGUGAUGAGGCGAGGAGCAUCCACGCAAACUCUGGGCUGCCGUUUUUUGAAGUGUUUGUCCAUGCGCCUCUUGAAGUGUGUGAGAGCAGGGAUGUGAAAGGACUUUACAAAAAGGCUCGCGCUGGAGAGAUCAAAGGUUUCACUGGGAUUGACUCAGACUACGAGCGUCCUGAGCGUCCAGAGCUUGUUCUGAAAACGGGGGAACUCUCGAUAAAUGAAUGUCUCCAUCAAGUGUUGGACCUGCUCAGGGAACAGAAUAUUGUACCAAAUGAGAUCCUGGAGGAGGUGACUGAACUAUUUGUUCCAGAGAAUAUGGUGAAUCAUGUUUUGGCUGAUGCAAACACACUGCCCACUAUCAGCAUCACAAAGCUGGAUCUACAGUGGGUGCAGGUUUUGGCAGAGGGCUGGGCCAGUCCACUGAAGGGCUUCAUGAGAGAGAGAGAGUUCCUCCAGACGCUGCACUUUGGCAAUCUGCUGGAUGGUGGGGCAAUCAACAUGUCUAUUCCCAUCGUCCUGCCUGUUAGCACUGAGACCAAGGAGAAGCUGGACGGCUGUGCAGCUGUAGCUCUGGAGUACCAGGGUUCAAAAGUGGCUGUUCUCAGGAACCCUGAGUUCUACGCACACCGCAAGGAGGAACGCUGUGCCCGACAGUGGGGUACUACUUGUCCACAGCACCCUUACAUUAAGAUGGUUAUGGAGGGAGGUGAUUGGCUGGUAGGUGGUGAUCUUGAGGUGCUGGAGCGAAUCAGAUGGAAUGAUGGACUUGACCAGUACCGCUUUACUCCAAAGGAGCUCAAGCAGAAGUUCAAGCAUAUGAAAGCAGAUGCGGUAUUUGCAUUCCAGCUGCGUAACCCAAUCCACAAUGGUCACGCUCUGCUCAUGCAGGACACCAAGCGACGUCUGCUUGACAGAGGAUACAAAAAUCCAGUCCUUUUACUUCACCCGCUCGGUGGCUGGACAAAAGACGAUGAUGUGCCUCUGCACUGGAGAAUGAAGCAGCACGAUGCUGUCUUAGAGGAGGGCGUGUUGGACCCAGCCAGCACCAUUGUUGCCAUAUUCCCUUCCCCUAUGAUGUAUGCUGGACCCACAGAGGUUCAGUGGCACUGUAGAGCCAGAAUGAUUGCCGGAGCAAACUUUUACAUUGUCGGCCGGGACCCUGCAGGUAUGCCUCACCCAGAGACUAAAAAUGACUUGUAUGAGCCCACUCACGGUGGAAAGGUGCUGUCCAUGGCCCCGGGCCUCACCUCUGUAGAGAUCAUUCCCUUCAGGGUAGCUGCCUACAACAAAACUAAAAAGGCUAUGGACUUCUAUGACAAAGGCCGACAUGACGAGUUUCAGUUCAUUUCUGGUACCAUGAUGAGGAACUUGGCUCAGCGUGGGGAGAACCCUCCAGAUGGUUUCAUGGCCCCCAAAGCCUGGAGCGUGUUGGUCAAGUACUACAGCUCUCUUCAGAAAAACAACUAAUCAGUGCUCAUGAGAAACUAUCCAUCCUGUUCUCUAGGAUUAUUUCAGGUGGGAUGGAUUUUGAUUGCUACAAAUUGCAGGGGUGGGCGUUUUGACUUCACCAAAUCAAAAUAUAAAUCUCAUUCCUUUAAAAUGGUGGGAUUUAUAAAUCCUUAUGUGAUUAUAUGCAUACUACCUUAAGCUAUGUAUUUUAAUAAAUUAAAUCUAACUUGAAUUUUUUUUAAUGUCUGUAGACUUAGAAGCACAUUCCAAGACAGGGAAAUCAUUUUUGACAUUUACAUAAGACACUGAAGGACGCAGGACAUUUCGGUUUUUAUUAUAUUUUUAACAUGAAAACUUUAUCACUGUAUUUGUGUCACCUGAAUGAAAGCUGCAGUUUUAUCAUUACACACAGUGCCUACUUUUUACAGAUGUAGUUGUGUUGAUUUGUCAUGUUAAUCUUUCAUGUUAUUAUAAAGUACUACAUGAAUUUUUUUAAAUAAAAUGUCUUUGUCUCAAAUAUCAAUGCUAUAAAACUGAAAAAAAUCUUUGUUUUUGAGAUUUCUGUGACAGUAAAAAAAAGGGCAUAUGUAUUCAUGGCAUAAGAUCUUCAGUUAUUGGAAAAUAAAUGUAAAAUGCAGUAAUAAAGAUA